AAAAUGCAAAAAUUUAUUUUUCUUUUAAUCGUCCUUUCUGCAAUUAUUGCCGUUAGUAUGGGACAAUCUCGUUGUCAAAAAGAUAAGGAUGAAGGAAAUUCUGACUGUAAUAAACCACAUCCUACUAAAAGCUGGUGGUAUGUAAAGGGUGAGAAUGACUGUAAGUCAUUCCAAUACAAAGGAUGUGGUGGAAAUACUAAUCGUUUUAAAUCUAAGGAUUCAUGCGAGAAAGCUUGCAAGGUUUUUUUCAUUAAUUUAAUUUAUUAG